AAAUUCGUUAAAAUGCGAGCAUCCACAAGGGAGAGGCCGCGGGCUCGCGUGCAGGGGCGUAGAGCCAUAUUCUCCAUAGUGACUCGGUGCACUGCCUGAACAUUUCAGUGCGAAGCAAGCGUCGCGCUUACGUAACGUGAUCAAUGACUCGAAGGGUUAUUGCAGUAAGAAGAGAUCAAAGGAUAGCAAAUCAUCCUGAUUCCUGACGCUACACCUAUCGACAUAUACUAGCUGAUACCCUCGAUCUCGAGCAUUCUCUGUUCGCUUUUGAAUCACACUAAUCCUCGCCUUCUCCAUCGCUAACGAUCCAGAAGCUUAAUCGAAACUAGAAGAGAAAUCUAACUACCAUGACGCUUGACGUGACCAGCUUCAUAGACAGCAAAGGAGGGAAUGCCGAGGAUAUUCGUGAAUCGCAGCGGAAACGAGGAGAAUCGGUAGAGCUGGUCGAUCAGGUUAUAGACAUGUACACAGAGUGGGUGAAGAUGGAUUUUGAGGCGAAUGGCCUGAGCAAGCAAGUCAACGCAGUGCAAAAAGAGAUCGCAGCCAAGAAGAAGGAGUUAGAUGCACAGGUAGACGCGAAACGCAAAGAGACCCGUGAUUUCGAGGUGGAGAUGCGGAAGAAAGCUUCAACUGUAGGAAAUAUCGUAGCGAAGGAUGUCCCAUUUAGCUUGACGGAGGAUGACAAUGUAACGCUCCGAACUUGGCAUCCAGAUGGCCCCAAUGGUCAAGUAGAAAGGAAGACGGGCAUUAUGCCUCACCACGAAGUUUUACUCAGACUAGACGCAAUGGACCUUGAUCGAGGUGCUAAGGUCGCAGGUCACCGUGGCUACUUCCUCACAAAUGAUGGUGUUGACCUCAACCAAGCCCUUAUUACAUAUGCCCUCGACUUCCUCCGCAAAAAUGGAUACAAAAAGGUCCAACCGCCAUUCAUCAUCAAUAAAGACGUCAUGGCAAAGACCGCGCAACUUGACCAGUUCGAUGAGGAACUGUACAAGGUUAUUGCCAAUGACGAGGAGAAAUAUCUCAUCGCGACCUCGGAACAGCCCAUUUCGGCGUUCCACCAAGACGAAUGGUUCGAAGACCCCAAAACCCAGCUUCCUAUAUACUACGCUGGAUAUUCGACAUGUUUCCGUAAAGAAGCAGGCUCCGCUGGACGUGAUAUGUGGGGUAUCUUCCGUGUGCACCAGUUUGAGAAGGUUGAACAGUUCGUCCUCACCGCUCCCGAAGAGAGCUGGAAUGCAUUCGAUACCAUGCUGGGGAACAGUGAAGCGUUCUAUCAGAGCCUGGGUCUCUCUUACCGUGUAGUGGCUAUCGUCAGUGGUGCACUGAACCUUGCAGCGUCAAAGAAAUGCGAUCUGGAGGCGUGGUUCCCAUUCCAAGGUGCAUACAAAGAACUCGUUUCCUGCUCGAAUUGCACAGAUUAUCAGAGCAGGCGGCUAGAAAUCCGUUGUGGUCUCAAAGCGAAGGACCAGCAACGGAAAGUCUAUGUGCACAUGCUCAACGGAACGAUGUGCGCCACGGAGCGCGCAUUGUGCUGUUUGGUCGAGAAUUAUCAGACGCCAGAUGGUCUCAUUAUACCUGAGGUACUCAGGCCGUAUAUGCAGGGACGGGACUUCUUGCCAUGGGUGAAGGAGCUGCCGAAGAACUUGCAGAGAAAGCAGGCAUAGAUGUCUUAUAUAUUCGGUUUUGUGUUAGUAGAACAUGGGUCGCAUCUCACAUACUUUAUCACCUUCCAUUGGGGAGGCGACGGUAGUCAUGAAUGUACGUGUA